AUGUCUUGUAAAGCCUGUGAACAAUGCCAAAGAACUGGAGACCUAGUACAUAGAGAUCAAAUGCCCCUAAAUCCUAUUCUUGUCUAUGAGAUAUUUGAUGUAUGGGGUAUUGAUUUCAUGGGUCUUUUCCCUCCUUCUUAUGGUAAUAUCUACAUUAUUCUUACUAUGGAUUAUGUUUCAAAAUGGGUAGAAGCUAAGGCUACCCGAACUGAUGAUGCUAAAGUCAUUGUAGAUUUUGUCAAAUCUCACAUUUUUGUUAGGUUCGGCACACCAAAAGCCAUGAUCAGUGAUCGUGGAACUCACUUUUGUAAUAGAGUGAUGGAAGCCUUAUUCAGGAAAUAUCAUGUUAUCCACCGUGUUUCUACUGCUUAUCAUCCACAAACUAGCAGGCAAGCUGAGGUUUUCAGGUGUAUAAUGUUGAUCGAGCCAUUUUGGAGUACCCAAUUUAUGAAGAUUGAGAAGCUACAACGUCUAGCCAAAGACGUUAAAGAAAGGCGCUCUUGGGAGAAAAAUGCGCAUCACAAAAUGUCCUUCGCGCUCUACCCGACCCACUUCUCCGCUCAGACCGAUAACCAACCCGGCCGACGAACAACACCUUCACCCCCAGCUCGUGACAGAUAUCAUGGUUGA